AUGGCCAAAGGCAAGCAGUGGCUCAAGGCACUGGAGAUUUACAAGUCGCUGGAGCUUGGCUCGCUGCGGCCCACCGUGGUGACCUACGGUGCGGCCAUCAAUGCCUGCGCUGUGGCGGCCUGUUGGCCUUGGGCGUUGGAGCUGCUGGCAACGUGCUCUGCCCACCUCGGCCUCACGGCAAUUGCGUGCAAUGCUGCCAUCAGUGCCUGUGCCAGGGCUGACAAGUGGCAGGCGGCCUUAGGGGUCUUUGAGCUUGUGCCGCCUGGCACGGCCACCUUGGUGACCUUCAACGCUGCACUUGAUGCGUGCAGCAAAGGUGGCCACUGGCAACAGUCCAUACAACUCCUGGCACGGCUGUCAGGUGCUUUGCAGCCCAGUAUGGUCACCUUCACCUCCGCGAUUCAAGCAUGUGAAAGGGCGUCAACGUGGCCGCAAGCGUUGCAGCUGCUGAGCCUGAUGGUUGCCAACGGUGUGGAACGGAGUGUGCCGGUAUGCACUGCUGCCAUUGGAGCAUGCUCCAAAGCCAUGAAGUGGCAGCUCGCCCUGCACUUGGUAAGAAGCCUUGAACGCGGCAGGUUAGCAGCUUCCGUGACGACUUACUUGACAGCCAUGGACUCCUUGACCGCGAAGCUUCUGUGGGAAAGGUCCUUGGCGCUUUGUGAGCAGUUGCCCUCUCCGUUCAACACCAAGCCACUGGACGCAGUUGCCACCGCAGCGGCACGCGCCGAAGCAUGGGCCACCACACUCGCCCUGCUCCCCUCGGACACCUCCCUCGCGCUUCGUGGCUGCCGCCGUUGGGCGGUCCAGCUGCAGCUGGCAUCCGAGAGCAGCAGCGUGUCACGGCAGCCCUGGGCCAGGCAGCUGGCUGUGCUGCCACGUGAAGACCUGAGCCCCAUGAGAGCUGGGACCUUGGUGGCCGCCGUGGCCCGGCAAGCGCUGUGGCGGCGCAGCGUUGCAGUGCACGAGAAGAUCCAAGCCUGGGGCGUGCAGCCGGAUGCCUUCAUGUCUGCCUGCGUGCUCGCAGCCAUGAAGACGAGGCCAGCCUGGCAGCCGAGUCUGGAGCAUCUCCAGGCCAACUUUGCACUGCAGGAUGCUUACAGAAAUGUAUUUGAGAAGCUGGCAGCCCGCGGCUACUGGCAAAUGGCUGCAAGCGCGUUGUCGGAGAUGAGGCAGGUCGACAUGCAACCAAGCUCAGUCUCUUGGAGCCAGUGUGCAAGUGCAUGUGAGAAGCGCCAUGUGUGGGAGCGUUCUUGCGGCUUCUUCUCACACGCUGGAAAGACGGGCAGCCUGUCGGGCAUGUACAACUCGGUCAUGAGUGCCUGUGAGAAGUCCUUUCAAUGGCCAGAAGCUGUGGACCUUCUGACUGAGAUGAGGGUGUGCCAGGUUGAGCCGGGAAUAAUCAACUACUGUACUGGCAUCAGUGCCUGUGACCGCGGUGAGCAUCGAGACUUGGGGAUCGCCUUGCUUUGGGACUCUCAGCACUUGGCACAGACGGCCUCUGCGCUGCCCUGGGCUCUGGCGCGUUUGGGCGUACGUGACCUGGCUUGGCUGCGGCUCGCUGGCCUGGAGCUUGGUCGCAUUCGCUGGGCCUCGGAGACUUGCCGGGAGUUAGCCAACGUGGCCUGGGCGCUGGGUGUGCUCGGCGUGCGAUGUGACGCCUCCUCGGGCGUUGCGGUGGAAGCGGCGCGCAGACUGCGGGACUUCCAGCUGGAAGACUUGGUGAACCUGGCCUGGGGCAUGGCAGCCACGGGCACCCCGGGCCCUGACACGGAAGGGAGGGUCCUUGAGGUCCUGAAGGGUUUGCAGCUGGAGAUGAUGCGGAGAGCCUCUCGGGUGCAAAGGGCUGGAAGGAUGGACGAGGCGCAUGUGGAGGCGCUCCUCGGCAUCACCUGGGCUUGCAACUUGGCAGGGCUGCUGCGAGCAGACUUUGCCGGAGCUGCUUGGGAAUACUGCCGUGCCUUUGGCGCCCGUCUGGACGGCCCAGUUUUUGGCACCACGCUUGCGGCACUUUCCAUGGAAGUGACCAAGCCGUAUCCAAGGGUGGAGCUGCGUUUGCCCGACCGAUUGGUUCUGUUCAAGCCAGCAGGUUGGGAAGUUUUCGGCGGGAGCUUUCCCCUCCAGCUACAUGACUUCUUGCGCAGCGUGGUCAACUCCGCCAUCCUGGGCGACCCAAAACGCCGUCACGGCUUCUUGCACCGUUUGGACGUGCCCACGUCAGGGUUGAUCCUGGCCGCCUGCACAUACAGCGCCUUCUACGACCUCCAGUUUCAGCUCCAGUCGGGGCAGAUUCAGCGGGACUAUGUCGUCCUUUGCCACGGCCUGGCCACGCGCCGCGAAAGCAUCACCGCGCGUUUGUCGUGGCGCGGAAACGAGCCGACCUGCGCCGGUGGUCAAGGCAAGCCAUCGGCUUCCAAAGCAAAGGUUGUGGCGCAUGGAGUCGGCUCCAAGGCAGAGGCAGUGAGUUUGGUGCUGGUGCGGAUCGUCACCGGUCGAAGGCACCAGAUCCGCAGCCACUUCUCUUUCAUCGGGCACCCCGUGUAUUGCGAUCCGUACUAUGGCUCGGACGCAACCUACCUGGCAGAUGCCAGCUUCGUUGCACGGAAUUUCCUGCACCGCUACCGCCUCAGCUUCUUGGCCGAAGAGUUGCACGAGGUCACAGAUCCCCUUGCAGGCGAGGGUCAAAGGAUUUCAUGUGUUUCGAGGGUACCCCUGUUUUGGUGGUUUUGA